UAUAAUUGCAUUGCAAGUUGCAAGGCAAAAUUGCAUAGUGUAACAGCGUCUUUAUACUGUGAUGUCGCGUAGAUUGCGGUCAAAGCAUGUUCCUGAAAAACCCCAUAUAUUGAAAAAACAUAAAACAAAAAGAAAACACAAUACGACUACCGAUGUGUUCGUAGACACUCUCUAGCAUGCGUCAAUACAGAAGAGUUUUUUCAGGAAAAUCGUUCCGGCGCUCUUGCGACAGUCUCGAAGCAUGCUAUGUAGCAAUGAGAAGAUUGUCAAAAAUGUUGCAAAGCACUCGUAUCAUGCGUCAGAAUAACAAUAUAAUGUAACUGUUGCUAAGUGCGUGGAUGAAUAUGUUUGCCUCUCUUAAUAAUAAGCUAUCCGCGAUAUUACACAGCCAUUUACUAGAUGCUUGUUGUGAAACGCAGUUUCGUUAUUAAAUUGCCGAGAACGCUGAUGAAUCGUCGAAUAGUUUGUGUGUUAUGUGCGAUUGCAGUUGUGGUUUACGGCAUUGUCUAUUAUAACUCGUCAUUUAGGAUGCGUCAAGAGAGCAAGUCUCUUCGUCCCGAUAUGACAGUCGGACAUUCGUCAAAGGAAAAGCAAUUUGCUAAGGCAACAUUCCUACGAAUCAAGGAAACUUUUUCCAAGAUUAAGAAAGAAUUUCGACGUGCUAAGAAGCGAUUUUCAACCAGAUAUGUUAAUUCACAACAACAGUUUAAGAACCUUUCCUAUCCUGAGAACCUUUUUUUGCUAGUUUUAGUUCCGAGUUUACCAAACGCAAUGAUCAGUCGAAUUGCUGUAAGAUUAAGUUGGGCUCGCAAUCGUAGAGCGUCGAAAAGGGGUGAUUUCACUGAUGGCCGCACCUACCGGGUGCUUUUUGUCAUAAGAGAGCAAACGGAAAGCAGGAACAGUUUAACACAAGAGUCGAAAAAAUUUGAGGAUAUUUUGCAACUCGCAAAACAAGAUGGAGAUCGAGAUAUAUCAAAUAUGAUAGUGCCUGCUAUCGACCAUAUUCGUUCAUUGAAAUGUGAGCCGAAAUUUGUUUUAGCGCUGGCUGGUGAUACCUUCGUAAAUAUUCCUGAGGUUGUUUCUUGGUUAUCCAUGCCCAAUCAAAACGUAAAAUAUGUCGGGAACGUUGAAAUGGCAAGGAGCACCAGUGAUGACGAUGUUGAAAUACCUUACUGUGUUGAAGGAGCGUAUAUAUUGGCUGGAGAAAUACUCCCGGGAAUCGUGAAUGCUAGCAGAGUCAUUCUUCCCUCCAACCAUGACAAAAAUGAAGCAAUGUAUGUAGGAAAAUUAGCACAUUCUCUUGGAAUAAAGCCGCACCACGAUGCUAGAUUCAAACCGCGUCUGUUUGACGAUUUGAAUAUUCGUGAUAUUAAUCCAUGUUCAAUAAAGAAAGUGGUCUUUGUUCAUCAUGUGUUUCGCAUUAGACAUAUAUUACUCCAUUCUAAGGCGACUGUUGUAGGGAAACAACCGUGUGUCACAUGAUUGCGUCAUCUGGUGAAUAAAAGUAAACGACGUUUUUUUCCCACACGAGCAUUUCCAUUAAUUUUCAGCAACUUUUUGAACCAUGUUCGUUGGGUGCAGCGCAACAUUGUUUAGUUCUGUUUCAGCAACCGGGAACAACGACAGUUAACGUGAUCAUUUUUACUCGUGUAUAACAUGCAUGCAUGAGUAAGAGAUUUGAAAACCAAACUGUUAAUUAAGGCAGAUUAUUUAGACAACAAAAUACUCAUUUCUAGUAGUAAUAGCAUACCUUUGAAAAACCUACUGUGUAUUUCAAAGGUAGCCGGAUAACAAAAGUGAGUAUUAUACGCGACUUGACAACUACAUGCCGAAUCUAGAUUAUAUUAGAUAAGAGGUCACUGGCAAAUAGGGCCGCAUGGACGUAAAAAUGAAACUAAAAGUUACAAUGAAAAUGGAUUAAAAUUCACAAACCACUGAUAUCUUUACUUGCGAAGCAGAUCGUACACUAACUACCACAGAGAUAUAAUAUUUUUUAAAAGAGCUUGUUAAUAUAUUUAAACUGGCAAAUGUAACGUAAAUUUAGAAAUUAUAUUUAUAUCCAUACAUUUUUAUAAUAUAACGUAAGCUAGCCCAUU